AAGCCCUCUCAUUCAGAGCACUCCCACCACACGGCCUAGCCAGACAGACUUUAGGAGACAAGACAGUGAGACACCCCCAGAAGAGACGAGACGAGAGCAGAAGACCACCAGACGCAGAGAACCCAGAGAACCCGGAGAUCAAAUCUGACGCAGCAGCAGCAGCAGCAGCAGCACCUUUAACAGAGAAGACCCGGAAACACCGAGGACUGCACUGCCCCUGAAUCUUCUUGCAUCUUGACUUUUCCCACAUCGUUUUUUUUUGUGAAAAUGAAGUACCUGCAGUAUCCCAUCUCCAAGACCAUGGGCUACAGCGACUGCGUGGCCAAGGACUGCGGGGCCAUGCCAUGCUCCCAGGCUGCCGCCUCCCUCAAGCCCAUCCGCAGCGUCCACUUCCCCAACGACAUCGUCUUCCAGGACUAUGUGCGCACGGGGGAGCUGGAGCGCAUCGGCCGCUUCAUGCGGGCCAGAAGAGUGAGCCUGGACACCAUCUACCACUCAGGCAUGGCAGCCAUUCAUGAAGCCGUGCUGUCCGGGAACCUAGCCUGCGUCAAGCUGCUGCUAGAGUACGGGGCGGACAUUCACCAGCGGGACGAGGAAGGCUGGACCCCUCUUCACAUGGCCUGCAGUGACAGCUUCCCAGAGAUUGCCAGGUAUUUGUUGUCUCUGGGUGCCGACGUGGACGCCGAGAACGAGGACGGGGACAAGCCGGCGGAUCUCAUCGACCCUGAGUGCAAGGAGCUGCUGGAGCUGUUCGGGGUGGACAGCGGCGACUGAGCUCCCCAAAGAGCCAUGGAGCUCGACGGCAUCCUCAACGGUGUCCUCUCCUCUGUGUCCUACUCCUCUUUGUUGCCAGGGUGACAGAAUGCAUCGUUCCGCGCGUCCUCGAGAGUGGACCCCCAGGGACACCUGUGGCAGGGGAUUGUUGGGAAGAAGCCCCACCUGUUUUGGUGGCUUAUUGAUGGGACUGUGGCAUGUUCAUGCUGCAAGGGGCUCUGCCCGGUUACAGUGUGCACUUUUCUUUGGCUCAGAGGGAAGAAAGUGUUGAAGCCCUUGCUUGUACUUUACUGUACAUGUAUGUGCUUUUGGAAAAAGGUGCUUCUAUUGUUUUUAGCUUGUUUUUGUACUGUUCACACGCAACUUGUGUAAAUACUUAAUACACAUUAUGAGUUUAGUUUUAUAGUUUUAGCAGCAAUAUAUGUGUAUAUACAUGUAGUUAUACAUUUGAUGUAUACAAAUGAUUUACAGUGUGAUGAAUCUGUAUUGUUGAUUGUUCAGUCUUAAUAUAAAUUGUUUUUAUACUUUUUUUCAAUAAAGCCUCCUUUAAAUACA